AUGGGGAAAGCGAGGAAUUUGAUCGUGGUGCUGUGGUGGUACCUCGCCGGCGGUACCGUCAUCUGCAAGGAUAUAUGGGAUGUUAGGAAUAAUAUCGAAAGGUUACCCAGAGUGUUGAAUUUUUUUCCCGUGCCGAUACCCGAGGAGUGUAACGCUAAUGACGGUAGAAGAAAAGGGAUUUGUAUGAAUACGUACGAGUGCAGGAUGGAGGGUGGGAAAUCGUACGGAUUCUGCGCCCAUGGAUUCGGAGUUUGUUGCGUCUUCACGGCCACUUGUAACGACGAAAUCUCGAACAAUUCCACCUACUUCGUCAACCCGGAUUUCCCCGAUUUAACCUCGGGAAUGACCUUUUGCUCGUCGACGAUCCGCAUCGCCGACGAAGACGUCGUCCAGUUGCGCUUCGAUUUCGUGCAUUUCAACCUGGGACAGCCCAACAGGAGGACGGGCGUCUGCGAGGAAGACGUUUUCCUGGUGACUCGAGGCGAUGACGUCCAGAAAAAUUUGGUUCUGUGCGGCUUGAACAGCGGGCAACACGCGUACUUCGAUGUGGGUACGGCUGAUGGUACCAUAAAAAUUUCGAUGAAUAUGAGCAGGAGAGCGGUCACCAGGUUAUGGGAGGUGAGGAUCACUCAAAUACCGUUCUCGCAAAGAGCUCCUACUGGUUGCUUGCAGUACUUCGAAGGUACCAGCGGUACUAUAAAAACGAUGAACUUCGCCGAGAACGGGCGCCACUUGGCCAACCAGGACUACAACAUUUGCGUACGCCAGGACGAAGGAGCUUGUUCGAUCGCCUACGAGCCCUGCCACGAGGACUCCUUCAGGAUCCACCCCAAUCGAGACGGUACCACCGACGAGGAAACCGGCUCCGGGGACGGCGAGCCCAGACAAUCAGACGAUUGCAACGACAGGAUCACAGUACCCUGCGACUCCGAGGACCUCCUGUUGACGGACGACGAGCUGCAGGAGGGGAUCCUGGCGCAUUGCGAGACGACGCACUGCGGGGGGAGUUUGUGCGCGGGCGAGGAGGGUCCUUGCAGGAUCGAGAGUACCGUCACGCCGUUCGUUAUCGGAGUGCAUUUCGGGGAGAAUGUCAGAGAUGUAUCGCCCGAGGAUAAUUUGGGGAUGUGCCUGAAUUACGAGCAAUUACCGUGCAAUGUGUAG